UUGGCCACGUAUCCCGGAAGUUUCCCUCCCUCGUCAUUUUUACACGGUCAUCAAAUCCACGAAUGAAGCAGGUCAGUAAACAAGGGGUGGGCGUGGGCACGUCUUCAUUUUGAUAUGAUCAAAAGAGCACUUAUGCAACGGUAGCGCAUGAAGCCGGGAUAUGUGACUUCGGGGCGGAGGUUCAGUCUCGCCACCGCGGCCAGGUUACUGCUGUUAGCCGCCAUGCUAACGCCAUUACGCUAGCCGUGGGCGACACAAUCAUAGCAUCGUUAUUGUGGCCAGCUUCGCUUCACGAUCGGCGUUGCCGUCAUCGCUCAAGUGCAUUGCACGCAGGACAUAAACGAUGAAGGUGGAGUGCGCGGAGUCUGAAAACAAAGCGACGACGGACGACAUCGUUACGUUCAAAAGUGAGGACGAGCCGUGGUCACGUGACGGAACGGAGGACGACCCACGGGAAGACUGCGCCGAUGGACGCGACCUCGACAUCCGAAUCAAGGAGGAGCCGCACUGCGUGCAGAUCAGCGAGGACCACUAUGAGCUAGAUGCUCACCGCCCUUUCAAAGAUGAGCUCGACCCGGAUCUUCAGGACGAACUUGAGUACGAGGCGACUGUCAAGGAGGAGGACGACAUCAAAGAGGAGGAAGACGAAGAAGAAGGAGAGGGCGAGGAGUCACAAGAUGGAGACCUACUGGAGGAUGACGAAGAGCAGGAUGACACAGAGUCAUCACCCGACUUCUUCCCGUGUCCUCACUGCGACGUCUCUUUCACGAACCUAGACUUCCUGGAAAAGCAUGUCAAGUGGGUCCACCAGAAGGAGUACCUGGCCGAGCUGAAGAAAUGCUUCUCGGACCACGAUGGGAUCCUCAUCCCGGAACACGCCUGCGCGACUUGCGGCAGCACCUUCAGCUCCAAAGUCUACCUGCGGGUCCACGUGAAGGAGGCCCACCCUUGCGCCCCGCCCCGCCGGCUACACCCGUGCCCAACGUGCGCGCGCAGCUUCCAGUACUUGAAGAACCUGAAGAACCACUGUCAGCGCUGGCACGGCAUGUCGGUGGCGAUCAGAGGUGGGCACUUGUGCUGCGCCAACUGUGGCAAGAGCUUCGAGGCCACCUGGGGGCAGGGACCCCACCUGUGCCAUGCGCCGCGCGCCGAAUCCGAGGAGGAGCCCAUCUGCCUGGACGUGGGCGUGCAGUGUGGUGAGUGCGGCAAGAAGCUUCGCACGCCCCAGAGCCUGGAGGACCACAUGCGCACGCACACCGGCGAACGUCCCUUUGUGUGCAAAGACUGCGGGCGGCGCUUUGUGGAGCGCAGCAGCUGGCGCCAGCAUGCCCUGAUCCACACGGGCGAGAAGCCGCACAAGUGCCAAGUGUGCGGCAAGGCCUUCCAGAGGGGGCACCAGCUUAAGUGCCACCUCACCACGCACUCAGCCAAGAAGGAGUUCGCCUGUGGCCAGUGCGGCAAGGAGUUUGGACUCAAGGCCAGCUUGAAUCUACACCUGCGCAUGCACUCCAGCGACAAGCCCUUCCACUGCCCCGUGUGCGCCAAGAGCUUCAAGACUCGCAAGAACCUGCGCGUGCACAGCAAGCUGCACAACAGUGACAAGACGCACCAGUGCAGCGACUGCGGCCUGAAGAUCAGCGACCUGGGCGCGCUCAAGAUCCACCUGCGCACGCACACGGGCGAGAGGCCCUACCACUGCACCGUGUGCGGCAACAAGUUCAUCCGCCUGGCGCACCUGCGUAACCACCAGCGCACGCACACCGGCGAGCGCCCCUAUAAGUGCGACCAGUGCGAUAAGAGCUUCACACAGUCGGGCGACCUGGUCAAGCACAAGCGCACGCAUUCCGGGGAGAAGCCCUUUGAGUGCCCCGAGUGCCGGCGCCGCUACACCUCGUCCGGUGACCUGGGCAAGCACCGGCGCAGUCACACCGACCUGCGGCCGUACGUUUGCCAGGAGUGCGGCAAGAGCUUCCGCCUGUCGGGCCACCUGAAAACGCACAUGCUCACGCACACCGGCGAGAAGCCCUUCUCCUGCCCCAACUGCCUGCGCCGAUUCGCCCGCUCGCACCACCUCUCCGGACACGUUGCUAAGUGUCGCUGACUCGCCAAAUGUGUGUUUGGCUCCAAAUUACAGUGGAACCUCUAAAGUGGGGUUCGCUAAGCGGUACCCUGCAGCCUUACCACAAAUAUAGAGAAACAUUUUGGAGCUCGGUGAGAUGGACUUCUGAUGUAUAUUGUCUGUCUACCAUGUUGCCGCACCGUUUGUGUUCAUUUUGGUGCUGAUGUACACCCCCGCCCCCUUUAUUUAUUUAUUUUAUAAUUGCCGAUACAGUGUUACCUUGACUUUGGAGGUUAAUUUGUCAUUGUUAGCAAGUGUGUCAGUCACUUUACAUGCACGUUGAACGCAACUCAGCAUUCAUGAAUUCACUGUUUUUUCCCCCCCUCAUUUGGCACAAUGUUACUUCUCCAUCAGGCAAAAACCAGAACUGACGUCCGGUUGUAUCGUCAGCAGCAUGUUGUGGCUACGCCCGCACAAAAUAUGACAAAAGCCAAAGAACAAGCAACCUUGUGAAGUUAAAUUCUGAAGAAGUUGGCCGGGGUCUGUGCAAGUCUUUGGAGGAAUAUUUACAAUUAUAACAGGUCAGAAGAGUCCCAAGUAGACUUUAGAGGUUCGGCUUGGAAACUGACGCACAAUCUCGUGCGCUUAUGGUUUUUAUUGGUAGGGUGUUUUUUUUAAAACUAGUUUAAAAAACAUUAAUAUUACAACGUGGUGUCCAAUAUUGAUCCAUCUUUACUAAUCCGUGCUGUACUAAUUGUAAAAAAUGUAUUAAAUUAUAUGGCCAGUGUAUGAAUAGUCGUGUGUGCGCGCGCGCGUGCGUGUGCGUGUAAUUCAUCUAAAUAUGAUGGCAUCUAAGCGUGUGAGUAGACCACAAGUGUGCCAUAGAAGCAAUGAAAUGAAGAAACGAAGCGCUGAAUAAAAUUCUAAUAUGUCCUGGA